AUGUCUGAGAAAUUUUACAACAUGACCUUCAUGACAGAAUUCUUGCUCAUGGGAUUCCCUGAUGACUGGAUGAUACAAACCCUCCAUGCAGCACUCUUCUUCCUCAUUUAUCUGACAGCAUUGAUGGGCAACUUCCUCAUUGUCACCCUCACUACUAUUGAUAAGCACCUCCAAAGCCCCAUGUAUUUCUUCCUGAAGAAUCUCUCUUUGAUUGAUAUCUGCUACAUCUCUGUGACUGUACCUAAGUCCAUCAUGGAUUCUCUAACCAACACCCAUUUCAUCUCCUUCCUAGGAUGUGCCUCACAACUUUUUCUUGUUAUUUUUUUUGCGGGCACAGAAUAUGCCCUUCUUAUAGUUAUGUCCUAUGACCGCUAUGCUGCCAUCUGCCAUCCUCUGCACUAUGAAGCCAUUAUGAACAGAGGUGUCUGUGUGCAGAUGGUGACUGCAUCAUGGUUCAGUGGAUGUGUCUAUGGAUCCAUUCAUGUAGCAGGUACAUUCUCUGUCAAUUUCUGUGGGCCCAAUAUAGUGCAUCAGUUCUUCUGCGAUGUUCCAUCACUGCUAGCACUUGCUUGUUCUGGAGAGCAUAGUUUAGAAUAUUCAUUUAUCAUUGCUAGCUGCUGUUUCGGUGUUGUAUGUUUUAUUAUAAUGAUUAUUUCUUAUGUUUGUAUUUUUUUCACCGUUCUAAGAAUUCCAUCUGCAAAAGGAAGAAUGAAAACUUUCUCCACCUGCAUGCCUCACAUCACUGUGGUGACAUUGUUCCUCUUUUCAGGGAUUAUUACAUACUUAGCAAAAAAUUUCAAAUCUUCAUCUUCAUUGAAAAUGUUGAUAUCUGUCUUUUAUACUGUGUUACCACCCACUCUGAAUCCUCUCAUAUAUAGCCUGAGAAACAGGGACAUGCAGAUGGCCCUAGGAAAAUCCAUCACUGGCAAAAUAUCCAGAAUAUUUCCUUGA